AUGCCGUCGAUUGUGAAUUGUCGUAUAACUAGCUCAUUUGUUAUUAUUGCGUCAACGUUAAGUUCUAUAACGCCCGGUUUAGCGUUCGGUUUUUCUUCGGCAUGCACUCUCCAAGUGUACUUUACGAUCUGGAAAUCUGCGAUUUUCGCCAGUUCAUUGAACAUUGGUGGUCUUUUAGGCGGGUUGCUAUCAGCGCGUAUGUUGUCAACUGCUGGAAGACGUUUUACUCUUUUGGUAUCUUGUAUUCCUACUGUGUUAGGCUGGUUAUGGAUGUAUCUAUGUUCUGACGUAAUAUAUCAAAAUGCCUUCCCAACAAAUUUAUUUGUUUUUGGUCGUCUUUUAACUGGAUUUGGGGCGGGAUUAUGUAUUCCAUCUUCUGCCACAUAUAUGUUAGAAAUAUCUCCAACUAAAAUUCGUGGUAUAGUUGGUUCAUUACCUCAAGUUGGAAUAGUCACAGGGAUUUGUAUAUCUUUUUUCAUGGCUAUGUUUACGCUCUGGGAACAAAUCGCCCUAAUAAAUACCAUUUUCUCCAGCGUCAUACUAAUUCUCGUAUGGCUUCUCCCAGAAUCUCCGAAAUGGCUUCGAAAAGCUGGCCGUAUUCACGAGGCUAACAGUAUUAGCAUACAGUUGUUUGGGAUAGUCAGUGGACAUUCCGCGGACACGAUCGAUUUAAACGAAAGUAUAACCAAUAGUGAAACAAAACACCACUCAUUAUGGCAUUAUAUCUUUCCAUGUUCACUUGUUCCGUCAAGUCAACAACCUCAAUUACGAAUGGCUACAGCCCUCAUGAUAUUUCAACAGUUAACUGGUGUAAAUGCUAUCCUCUUUUUUGCUGAAUCAGUUUGUCUCAUUGGAAAUGCAAAAUCACCUCCUAUUUGUGCCUUUUCUAUAGGCUUUUUUCAAAUGAUAUUCACUAUUUUAGCAGCUUUUGUUAUCAAUCACGUGCGUCGAAAAACGUUGCUUCAGUUUAGUGCCUUUAUCAUGGUUAUAGCUUUACUAGCCUACAGCAUUACAAUUUCUGCUUAUUCAUACAUUGAUGAACUUGGUCAGUUUUGGAUUAUUUUAUUUAUGUUUGGUUAUUCAUUUGGCUGGGGACCAUUACCAGUACUUAUUAGCAUGGAAUUAUUUCCAGUUAGUAGUCGUGGAAAUGCUGUCAGUGCUGCUAUCGCUAUCAAUUGGAUCUUUGCUUUUAUAAUAACAGAACUAUUUGAAAUAACUGGUAAUUCAAUUAAUCCUGCCAUAGUAUUUGUCAUAUUUUCUAUAUGUUGUUUAAUAUCUAUGGUUUAUGUGCAUAAAUAUUUGCCAGAAACUAGCGAUGAAUCAAAUGGAUCAACAUUAGAUACUAUUUCAUCAUUAUCUUAUAAAUCACAAUUAAGUGCUUAG